UAAGAGCAUAAGUUGUAGUUCAUUCUAAGUGGACGCUUUUGCCUCCUCACCUCCUGUUGCAAUCUCUCAUCUAUUAUUUUAACUAUGGCAUGCUUCAAACUUGCUUUCAACGUUCUUCUACCCGUCUUCGCCUUGCACCUGUUUACUAGCCAAGUGCUAAGUGGAGCAACUGAGGGACAGGAUCUUCUUGAUGACAUCAACAUCUACCGGAAAGUCUUUAACCUUCCGGAACUCAAGGAACUCAGCAAGAUGUCUUGCUUAGCCGACGAGAUCGCGGACGACUUAGGUGGCAAAGACAAAUGCAAAGAACUUGCCAGCUACUAUCCUUCGCCGGGUAGCGCCUUGAAGAUUCCUAAGUUCCAAGAGAACCUUAAGAAGUGCAGGAUUGAUUACAAUACCACAACAGAUGGGGUGAUCAUGCCGGUUCGCGUGCCCAAAUUGGACGAGGAUGCAUUGUUCUCCAAUUAUACAAAGUCGAAUCACUUCACAAAGUAUCUCAAUGAUUCUAAUUAUACGGUUGCAGGGGUUGGUUCUGAACAUGACUGGAUGGUUCUUAUUUUAAGUACCAACUCAUCUUCAGGGAAUUUCUCUUCAGCUACUUCUCUUCUUGCUGGAGCUAAUUGGAAGAAUCAGUGUUUGGUGUUGGCAUUGUUCUUCAGUUUGCUUGUUUCUCUGAUUAUAUAAAAUUGCUUGUCUUUCAUUUUUGAGUGUUCUUAACUUCUCAUCAUGUGCUUUGUUUGGGUGAAAAUAUGUUUUCCCUUGUUAAUUUAUUUUGUAAUUAUUUGGGACAAAAUCAAUGUACAAAACUCAUA